UCCGCGUUGCUAAGCAACCGCAUUAGGCCGCGCAGGCAGGGAACCAGCCAGCGCGCUCCUUAGCCGGGCUCCGGCUCGCGCGGCCGGAGAGCCGGGGGAGGGCGCGGCCCGUGGCCCCUUGGCAGACGGAUCGACAAAAACAUUUGAUUGGUUCAUCUAGCCACUAAACCUUGCGGCCCUGAAAUAGAUUGCUUUAUGCCACGUUCCUAACUGCAUUUACUCAAAGGGCUCUUUACCCCUUUGUUGCAACGGGAGCAACUGAGCCGCUGCCCUCAUGGAGAAACGUGACACCUUGAUGAGGAAGAGCUUCACAGUGCUGCAGGAAAUGAGCAACCGGAAGCAGCGGCAGCAGUCGCAGCAGAACAAUCCGGUGUGGACUCCUCCAUCCAGCAGCAAAACCAUCUCCAGCAAAGCAGGCCAAGCAGUGAGGGAGUACUAUGAGAAGCAGGCUAAGGAACAGCUGGCGAGCCCUACAAGGUCUCCCUACACGCCCGAGGAGGAGCUGUGGAAAUCCUUCCGCAUGCGCCCUGGGUGCCCCAGGUACAGCCACAGAGCUACUUCAACAUCUGACCUUGAUUGUCCGGCCUCAUCUACUCAGAGCAUGUCUGGGUUGCCUAAGUUGAAAAGUUUCACCGAGGGCUUCACAGGCAGCGUCUACCUGAAAAGCCAAACCCGCAAAGGAAGCAGAAUCCCAUGGUUCGUCAGUCUGCUGCAGGAAAAGGAUACAACUUUGAAAAAGAUGGAAGCGGAACUCGUCCGCCUUGCCAACUGCGAAGCAGAGAGCGUCCGGAAGGAUGACGUGAUCUCAGUCCUCCGGGAGGAGCUGGAAGUGAUGCAGAUGCAGCUGGACCAGGCCCAGCAGGGGGGUGAGCUCACCCCAGUGGAGAGACCCGCCCAGAAGGAACCGGAAGAAAAACUUACGGUGCAAGUGAGUGACCCAAACCUGCGCAGGCGAGGUGUCUCUCUGCCGGUCCUUAUGAAGCAGAAGAGCAUCCCGGAAGAAUUUCGGCAGGAAUUGGAGCGGUUGAAAUUGGAGCUGGCCCAGACAGAUAAACAGGUGGACUCCAAGAUGGCUCUCCUUAGCAAGACGCUGCUGAAGGAACAGAAUGAACUGGAGCAGCUGGAGAAAGAGUACUCUGAAAUACAGGAAAAGGUACGCUUGGAGGGCGAGGAAGAGAUGCGUGUGGAAAGUGGGUCUUACGAAGAAGUGCAUAUGGAAGAAUCGGAAGAGGAGCUCCUUUUUAUCAAGCUUUUCAAGUUCCAGAGGAUGAACGACGAGCUGUACGACGAGCUGGAGAAAGUGAAAUGCAAUUAUGACAUGGCCACAGGCGCGAUAUCUUCCUUGCAAAGGCAGCUAUCCUUUGAGGCAUCCCAGCUCAGGAAAGCUCACGCAGAGCGAGAAUCAUUGCAGAAGGAGCUGAGGGAGCGGGGAGCUCAGCUGGAAGCCAUGUCUAAUAAAUUUAGCAACUUGAGAGAGGAGAGGAAGCACGAAGAAAUGAUGGGCUCCAUCGAGAGAGAGAAUUACAAUCUCAGGCAGGACCUUGCUGAUCUGGAAUCCAAACUAACUGACAAGAGCCAGAUGACUGAUGACUUGCAGAGCAACGUCAACCGGCUCCAGGCCGAGCUGUUACUGAAUCAGCACCAUGUUGGGAACCAGCUGAGCCAGGAGAACGAUCUGCAGAGGCAGCUGGAGAUCUUGCAGCGGGCAGAGCUGCAAACCAGAGUCACUCUGGAGAGCAUCAGUGCCAGGUUUGAAAGGUUUCGGAGCAGAAUCAUCCAGGCAACUUACAGCACCCCUGGCAUCAAGUCUCCCCAGGCCGAAAUCACAGACGAUGAAGUUUUAGAGUCCUUACAGGUAAAAGUAACCAUGUGGAAGUCAGAUUGUCACUGUGGCUGCAAUGCAGAAGCGGGAUGGGGGAAUGGAAUAGCUGCCUCCAUUUCUAACAGAAAGCUCCUCUGUGGAUCUGUCUUCCAGAAAAUAAUAACAGACCGUCUAGACUUUUACCAGUUGCUGAAACAGAAAGGGGUGAAAGUCCCAGCUCUGGGCGCCUCCGAACCGCUCCCUCCAAUCACUACCUCUAAGAAAAAGAGUUCCAGCAGAUAGAGAUUUGAAAGCUAAAGUCUCUCCUCUUCACAUUCUUUCCUAUCCAUUAAUUUCAGUGAGUCUGCUAUUGAGUAGGACUAAUGUUGGGUCCCACCCUUGACAUUGAUGGAAUAAAUAUCAAUAGGAGGCCAGGUCAUUAUCUGUGUUCAGUAAGGCACAAAUAAAUGCACAUUUCCUCUAUUCCGUGACAAGAAACACACAUUUCAGCCUUCCGGACUCUUAAUUGGUGCCCAGAUCCAAACAUCAACAAAAACCACUGCCACCCCACUUGGGAACCCUCAUGCAAAGUUUGGUGGCAAUAUCUCAGGAGGCGGUAUGAACUCAUGCCCAAAAAUGGGUGAAGUCACACCCAAAAUGUUUCAGUACGCUAUGGUAAUUCCAAAUGGCUCCUGGAGUUCAAACAUCAAUGCAUGCCUCAUCUUAGAAACCUUCAUCCCAAGGUUGGCAAUGGUAUCUCGAGAGGUGGCCAAACCUAUCCCAGAAAACAGGAAAAGUCACGCCAAAGUGAUGUUUCGUUCUGCCACCUUGAAUCAAAAUGGCGCACAGCAUCCAAGCAUUAAUGUAGACAGCUGUCCCCACCUCUGAACAAACUACAUUUCCUUUGUUGUUUUGAAAAUAAAGUAUAUUAAAUAAUAAAAUUAUUAAUAAAGUUCAAUAAAUAUCUUUUUAAAAAAACUGCAUUUCCCUGGAUUCUUGGGGAGAGAAACUGUGAUUGUUUUAAAUGAUAUAAUACUGCUUUAAACGUUUAGCACAGCUGGGACUUAGGAAAUGAGUGAUGUUUUAAUUUCUCCUGGGAUUUGGGGGCAGAUACAAAUUUGGUGUGCCUGGGUAUGGCCUAGAAAGAGUCCCAAGGGGCAUACAGAGAGGCCUGGGGAAGGAGGGGCGCUGUGUCUUGGGUCUGAGAUUACCCAUCCCUGGAAUAGAUCCAGUUAGCCGGAAGUCUUCCUGCACCUGUUUUAGGGUCCACGAUCAGCUCAAGCCUGCCUGGAGCCUCCCCUUUGCCCCACAUGAACAGGGUGCCCUGCUAAGCGGAUCACUUGCACAUCACCCAAAAGGAGGAAAGGGAUGUGCCAGGAAAGGGAGGGCACAGAUUUGCAUAUACUUUUCAUAGGCUAAUUUAUAUGAAUAGACGAUAGACCAGGGCUAAAUGAAGUGGCCCCGAGGCCUGAAAAGGUUCUGGUGCACACACACACACGCAAUUGGAGUUCAAGAUAUCAACAACAUUAAACUGUGAAAUGAAAUUUUAAAAUAAAUAAAGCAUGGAUUUAUUGCAACGCACGGCAGGAUCUGAUUUCCUUGCGUUAUUUUGAUCUGCGUCAGUAGGAUCGCUAACGAUCUCCCGCUGUCGUGGGAGCUGCCUCCAUUAAGGCAGACCGGAACCAGGAGCCUGUCCCGCAGGAUCUCCUAGAACAUUGCUUGAAAACUGCCGCUCUGCAGGACGGAACGAGGAACUCUGGCCCACAAUCGGAAGCCCCCUGGAAUCCCGGAAGCAGAACCUUCGAGAUAUUUUGAACUGAAACGGACCUUCUCUGUUCCUGGACGCUGGGCAUGGUGCCUCCUGCCUGCAGAUCCCAGAGACAUAACAAUACCUGCCUGCAGACCCACAGACAUGCCGCCAACACCGUCCUAAUCGUGCCCGCAGCCAGCAAGAUGCGAGCUAACCACAAAGGAGGGGUUUAACUGAAAAUGCUAGUGAGCCGCCUGGCUUCUCUGCUCUGCCUCAUCACCACACAGGUCCUAAGCAAGAUCCAUGGUAAGACCCUUACGAGAAGGGCGAAACCUAGAACCCCUUCUGUGACUGCCUUUAUAAAAAAAAAAUGGUUCUUAGAUUUCAUAGAAUCAAAGAAUUGGAAGGAUCACUUAACCCAAUCACCUGCAAUGCAGGAAGCACAACUAACAUUUCUUGCCUGCCCGUAAGGUCACAGGACUGCAUUAUUGCAAUGUCAAAGUAAAAUAUUAAAAUCUGUUAAAAGCAAUGCAUGAUCGAGGGUGGGUCCCAAAAGUGUGUAUCUCAGGUGUUCAGCGUCCUGAUGAAAUCACCAGGAGACUUCAAAUCAGCUAGCGCAGGAAUGUCCAGCUUUUGUGUUAGUUUCUUCUCUUCAUUUAGGGAUAAUUUGUGCCUGUUAGAACAGGGGGAGCAACAUUUUGGGGGCUGAGAGCUAUAUUCCCUUGUGGAUAUUCAACCCCCUCUCUCUUCUGCACCCAUCCAUUCAUUCUGUCUCUCCUACACACACAAACUCAAGAGUGCUGAGGCUUUUCACCCCAAGGGCUGCAUUCACUUCUGGGUUGUUGUAAACAAAAAUGGCCCUUUUCCCUUGUGGGGUAUCCAAGAGCCCAUAUAG